CGCGUCUCGUCCUCUAGAUCAUAAUUGUAGUAUACUUGUUUCCGAAGGAAUUCACCACAGUGUUCAAAGUAUAUGACCAUAGAGUCAUAUUUCCAACCUAAAAAACUGCGCACGCAUCCUCAUUCCCCACGCUUCCUCGAUGCUCCUUUAGCCUAGAGUCGCCAUUAUUUGUUUUUUGUGUCGGAAGAACCACACGUGUUUGAAAUUUUGUCCUUACUAAGGACAAAAGUGAAGUUAUCGAUUCUUCGGAAUUAUAUAUUCAAAGAUUAUAAUCUACAAUCCUUGCAUAAAUUAUUGAGAACCAUGUUGGUGACGAAGAAUCCAGAUAUUGGAAUGGAAUUGAGAAGUUCAACGAGUUACGUUCCUAUUGGCAGAAGAAUGAUGCAAACGAAUCGAAUACGCUUUCAGAUGAAGCACGAAACAGUUGUCAGAGAUAACUUUUGUAGAAGGUACGUUUAAAUCAUAACUAAAAUAUGUUUUAGCCAGAAGACCCCGAAGCCUAGACAUGGUGGAUGCCUGUCCGUCAAUAGACGGAUGGAUGCCCGUUUGCAAAAACGGAUUGCCCUCUGUCGAUAGACACGGUGGAUGCCUGUCCGUCGAAGACGGAUGGAUGCCCGUUUGCAAAAACGGAUUGCCCUCUGUCAAUAGACAUGGUGGAUGCCUGUCCGUCGAAGACGGAUGGAUGCCCGUUUACAAAAACGGAUUGCCCCCUGUCAAUAGACAUGGUGGAUGCCUGUCCGUCGAAGACGGAUGGAUGCCCGUUUACAAAAACGGAUUGCCCCCUGUCAAUAGACAUGGUGGAUGCCUGUCCGUCGAAGACGGAUGGAUGCCCGUUUACAAAAACGGAUUGCCCCCUGUCAAUAGACAUGGUGGAUGCCUGUCCGUCGAAGACGGAUGGAUGCCCGUUUACAAAAACGGAUUGCCCCCUGUCAAUAGACAUGGUGGAUGCCUGUCCGUCGAAGACGGAUGGAUGCCCGUUUGCAAAAACGGAUUGCCCUCUGUCAAUAGACAUGGUGGAUGCCUGUCCGUCAAUAGACGGAUGGAUGGCCGUUUGAAAAAACGGAUUGCCUGUACCCAGUACGGAUGCCUGUCUAUGGAUGUAUAGACAUAUGCCGUUGCCAAAACAGAUGCCUGUUGUUAUGACAGUCUGUCUAACAUUGUCAAACAAGAUGCCUGUUUUACAACGGAUGAUGGACCCUUGGACCCUUGCUGAACAGACUACUGCUGCUAGAACAGAUUGUAAGCCCACAGUAUCGAUGUCUCAUCAUACAGAUAUAUAUUAUUGACCUCCAUUUUUAACAAUGGAAUGCCGGUCUGGCUCUCAGAUAAGUGCCUGUUGGUGUAAUGGCUAGCUGUCCACAGUACAGGCUGCAGAUUAUGUUGUAUAACUUUCAUUAUAGAUGACUGUGGUAAACAAGGAACUCUUAUCCGAAGAGCAUGGAACCCUGUUAUCAGACGGAUCCUUAUGCCCUAAUGGAUGGAUCAUCUGCAGUUAGGAUGCUUGUUUUAGCAGUUGCUAUGCCUUUGGCGGUAGGCUUAUGACAAUUCUCACAAUGGAAUGACUAUCCGAAGUGGAGAUGUGUUGUUGAACAGAUUCUAGAUGUUAUAACGCUUCUUUGUUUUCAGUUCGAACUCCUGGCAUUAGCCAUAAUUGUGUGAAUACAAUUAGGAAAUCAUUUGGCAAUGCUGUGACCUCAGAGAAGAUAGCCUUUUUUGCUUUGACACAUCUCCAAAAAGUGAAGACAAUCCUGAAACUAGAAAUAUAAUUUUA